UUGUUUACAAACGGGAGAAAGAAAUGCCGCCUAGCUAUAUAUUCAAUAAUCAUUUUGAGAUAGUGAACUUUAAAAAAAAAAAUUAUGUAACCUUCAGUCAUAUCUCCAUCCUUAAGCUCUGAUUUUGUCCUCACUUCCAUUUAUUUAGUUGCCCUUAAGUAGUUUUAUAAGAAAAGAUGGUCGAUAUUGUUGUUUUAGGUGGAUGUAUUGUUGAUUUAAUAAGCUAUGCAAGUAGAUUUCCAAGACCUGGGGAGACAAUGGCUGGGAAAGGAUUUUUGAAAGGAUGUGGCGGAAAAGGAGCUAAUCAGGCUGUCAUGGCAAACAAAUUAGGAGCUAAAACUGGUUUGAUUGCAAAACUCGGAGAUGAUAGUUUUGGAAAAGAAUAUUUUGAAUGUCUAAAAGAAACUGGAAUUCAUCCUGAAUUUGUUACUUUUUCAAAGAAUUCUCAAACUAGUACAGCAGCAAUAACAGUAACUGAUGAAGGCCUGAAUAAUAUUGUCUAUGUUCCUGGAGCUAUUUGGGAUCUAACCCCAAAUGAUGUUCUUAAUGCUGAAGAAAUAAUUAAGAACUCAAAAGUUCUUCUCUGCACUUAUGAAUGCCCACUGGAUUCAUUAUUUACUGCUCUAAAUAUUGCAAGAAAAUACAAUGUGAAAACUGUUGUUAAUGCUGCCCCAGCAAAUGAUCAGACUUAUGAAAAGUUAUAUCCUUUGAGUGAUAUUAUUUGUGUAAAUGAGGUGGAGGCUGAGGAAGCAACUGGCUUGCCAUUAAAAAAAAUUGAAGAUGCUGGUGAUGUAAUGACAGCUUUACUAAAAAAGAACUGUUCCACUGUAAUACUAACCCUUGGAUCACAAGGAGCUCUAUACCAAAGUCAAAAUGAAAAAACUUAUACUCACGUGUCUGCAAGAAAAGUUCAAGCUAUUGAUAGCACUGGUGCUGGUGAUGCAUUUAUGGGAACUCUUGUCUACUUCCUUGCCUACCAUAAUGAUAAAAGUUUACAUGAAAUUAUUAAGAAAGCCUGUGAGAUAGCAACUCUCAGUGUGUUGAAAAAUGGAACUCAAUCAAGUUUCCCAGAAAAAGAAGACUUGCCUUCAGAAUUUUUUGACUGAUAUUAUAAAACAUGUUAGAAUUUUACUGAACUAAAUUAAAAAAUGGUAUUACAAUAUAUAUUAUUUCUAAAAUCUUUGAUUGCAUAUUUAGGCAGAAUGAACGUUUAAACUAUUUUUUAAUUUCUUUUUAUUCAGACAUUGUGUAUAAAAAUGCAAUAAUAUAUAUUUUUAAUAAAAUA